ACGGCGGCGCGCAUCGCGGCCGCCUUCGGGCCGGGCAUGGCGUUCAUCCUGCUGGUGCGGCUGACCAUCCAGCUGUCCAGGCCGGACAUCACCGACUCGUGGCAGCGGCCGCACGACGUGCGCGUGCCGCACGACACCUACGACGUGGUGGUGGUGGGCGGCGGGUCGGCGGGGGCGACGCUGGCGGCGCGCCUCUCCGAGGUGCAGGGCUGGCGGGUGCUUCUGCUGGAGGCGGGCGGCGACGAGCCGCCGCUCUCCGACCUGCCGCUCAUGUUCCCCGCGCUGCAGCUGUCGCCGCUCGACUGGAGGUUCCAGACGGAGCCCUCGGGCGAGUACUGCCUGGCGAUGCGCGGCGCGCGCUGCAACUGGCCGCGCGGCAAGGUGCUGGGCGGCUCCAGCGUGCUGAACGCCAUGCUGUACGUGAGGGGCAACCGGCGCGACUACGACCGCUGGGCGCAGCUGGGCAACCCGGGCUGGAGCUACGACGAGGUGCUGCCCUACUUCCGGAAGACGGAGGGCGUGCGCAUCGCGGGCCUGCAGGAGUCGCCGUACCACGGCCGGUCGGGCCCGCUCACGGUGGAGGAGUUCCGCUACCACACGCCCAUGCUGGAGGCGUUCCUGCGGGCGGGCCGCGAGAUGGGCUACGACGACACCGACGUGAACGGCGCGCGCCAGACCGGCUUCACCAGGGCGCACGGCACGCUGCGCGACGGUCUGCGGUGCUCCCUGGCCAAGGCCUUCCUCAGACCGGGGUGCCAUAGACACAACUUGGACAUUAGUAUGCAUUCCCAUGUUGUGAAAAUAUUGAUAAACCCAGAAACCAAGGCUGCCUACGGAGUCACGUACAGGAAGAACGGCGCGCUGCGCACGGUGAAGGCGGCGCGCGAGGUGGUGGUGUGUGCGGGCGCGCUGCACUCUCCGCAGCUGCUCAUGCUGAGCGGCGUGGGCGACGCCGCCCAGCUGCGCCGCCUGCGCAUCCCGCCGCUGGUGCACGCGCCCGGCGUCGGCCGCAACCUGCAGGACCACGUCUGCCUGGCCGGCACCGUGUUCACCAUGCACCCGCCGGCCGGACAGUACCCCGUGGGCCCCGCCUUCGUCGUGCCGCGCAUCCUCACGCUCUCCGCCCUCAUCAACUUCGCCGUCAACAACAGCGGCCCCUUCUACGCGCUGCCCGAGUGCGAGGCCAUGGCCUUCAUCAGUACCAAGUACUCCAACGCGUCCUCCGACUGGCCGGACGUGCAGCUGUUCCUGGCGUCGUACGGCGACAACACGGACGGCGGGCUCUUCGGCAAGCGCGCGGCCGGCCUGCGCGACGACGUGUACGCGGCCGUGUUCGAGCCCGUGCUCUACCGCGACAGCUACUCCGUGCUGCCGCUGGUGCUGCGGCCGCGCUCCAGGGGCGCCGUCACGCUGCGCUCCAGGGACCCGUUCCAGCUGCCGCGCGUCGUGCCCAACUACUUCCAGGACCCGCACGACCUCCGCGUCCUCGUGGAAGGAAUGAAGUUCGCGAUGGCGCUGAGCAAGACGAAGGUGAUGCGCCGGCUGGGCGCCAGGGUGAACCAGCGGCCGCUGCCCGGCUGCGAGCACGCGGGCGCCUUCGGCUCGGACGAGUACUGGUCGUGCGCGGCGCGCCACUACACGCAGACCAUCUACCACCCGGUCGGCACCUGCAAGAUGGGCCCCCACACCGACCCGGAGGCCGUCGUCGACCACCGCCUGCGCGUCUACGGCGUGCAGCGGCUGCGCGUCGUCGACGCCUCCAUCAUGCCCUACAUCGUCAGCGGCAACACCAACGCGCCCACCGUCAUGAUCGCCGAGAAGGCCGCCGACAUGAUCAAGGAGGACUGGGGAGAGCUCCACGACCGGGACGGGUCCGACGAAGAGGAGCGCACCUGGGACGUCGACGGCAGCGCACAGCGGCAGAAGCGCUUCUCCAAGGAGUUCCAAUCCAAGGAUGCAGAAGAGAUAAACUGGAGCCAACAAGUAGAGUCCCAGUGGCCCGCCAAACAGUUCCCGAGUCCGCAAUCUGAAGACCUUACCUCUUCUUCUAAGGAUCAUCAACCCCCGAUCACUGAAGUGGACUGGCCGCAUCGUGAUGAAAAUAUUAAAUCCCAGGUUUCUCGUGACAGGAACAGGAGCGAACUGUAUGAGAACAAGGGUCUUUACGGCGACUUCCAAGGGCGCGAUGAUACAGAAGUCCAGGGCAGCUAUUCUGAAAAGCAGCAGCAUAGCGCAAUUGAACCACCAGGCACUUAUGAGGAAGAUGAGGGCUACAAACUGGAACAGCAAUGGAUCUCCAGCGCCUUCCAACCUCUUAAAUUCGAACAGAACAGUAACAAGCACGAAACGGAUAAUGAGUUGACAUCCGAUGUUCUACAGCCAGCAGAAAUUCAUCAGAAAGCUCAAGGACAGGGUCCGAAAGAAAGAAUAUGGCCCUCUUAUAUCAUGGGGCCAAAGGUCAUCAAAAGCAAGGAGCAGAGCUUACAAAAUAAGUGGUCUUUGGAUGCAGCAGUGCUUCCAGAAUUAAUGAGAGACACGAAGCCUGAAAAUAUUGAACAUUUCGUUCCUUCAGACCAGACCAACGUAAAAUCUAUAGUUAAAAGUUCAAAUGUCUUCUCUGGACAAAAUGAGAAUAUUGGAACCACAUGGCUCUCUGAAGAAACACGUAAGCCAGAGAUUGAGAGGAACGAUUUCUACGACGCCAGUCGACAGAAGUCGCCUAGCGAGGAACGUAAGCAACUAGGCGACGUGUCUAAAAGGAAAUGGACUUCUGAACAUCAGAAGGCUUUGGUCUCCAAACAAAAGAAGGAGGGAGAGAAAAGGAAAAACAUGUGGCUGACAGAAGAAACUCAGAGCACCAUUAUGGGACAAAAGGACUGGAAUCGACAGACAGCAACCAAACUAUUUUCGGAGGGGUCUGGACAAAUAGUUCCCGAAGAUCUUUCGUGGACAGACAGUUUCGUAAAGCCGUACUCUGGUAAUCUUAAGUACUUCGUCUCUGAACGAAAUGGUAAGACCACUACGAUGUGGUUAUCAGAAAAAAUUCAACCAGCUAUCGUUGAAGAAAUGGGAUAG